UCUGUCACAGCUCCUCUGGACUUUACUCUGAGCAGGAUCAAAUCUCAGUGGCAUUAUCACAGAAUGGAUAUGAAGCUGUUGGCAGUGGUGGUUGCGCUCACGGUGGUGAUAUAUGCACCUCCAUCACAAGCAAAGCCCAUCAGUCUGGUGGAGAGAUGCUACUGCCGUUCAACAGUCAACAGCCUCCCACGAGGCUACAUCCGAGAGCUCAGGUUCAUCCACACCCCCAACUGCCCCUUCCAAGUGAUUGCCAAGCUGAAGACAAACAAAGAGGUGUGUGUGAACCCAGAGAUCCUGUGGCUGCAGCAGUACCUGAAGAGCGCCAUCAAAAAGAUGAAGAAAGCCAAAAGGGCCAACUAAAAACCUCUGUGGAGAUACUCCUGAGGGUUUUAAACAUCACAGCUAUGUAACGCGUGAUAUGAGAUCAUCUGGUAUGUUGAACAGCACUUAUCUUGGCUGCUACGCUGCUGCCUUUUGCAUGGAAUGAACCUACAACUCUUCACUGUGAACACCAAACCACCAGCCUUGUCGCAGUCUUCACCAUUACCACUCUCACCACUUAUAGAGAUCCUAGACGUUAUUAAUGCAAAGUGAAAUUAUGUCUGUAAGUGUGUGUUUAUACUAACUAUAAUGUAUAUACUUUUUUGUUAAUGGGCAUCAACAGUAAAGAGCUAUUUUUGGAGAUGUUCUCGUCCCUCUGGCCUCUCUGUCAUCAAAAGGGAAAAUCUAACUAGGGGUCAAAAUGUUUAGGGGUGCUAGAUGUUCUCAACAAAAAACAAGAGUUAUCAUCCCACUUACAACUAACAAAGUCCUGUCAUGUGCUAAAACAGCAGAAUGCAGAUUUAUUAUAUCUUAUCCUAAACAUAGGAUUUGCUUAUCAUAAUCGUCUCUGGUUUUAAAUUGAACAGCGUUAAGAACAAUGUCUAGUUUCUCUACUAAAAACGAGAAAAGCCGCAGACUUUGCCAAGUCGUAUUUCUCAAGUUAAUUGGCACCGUGGAAUUUCAAUGGGUGCCAGCUACCCCCUGACUGAAUAUAAGAUGCAUAAAAGAUGCUAGUAAAAAUGGCUAUUACAAUGUUUUGUGAUGGAAAUUAGGAUGCCAGAAGAGCUCGAGUAAAUCCUAAGCUGUUCUGUGGCUGUGAUUAUGCGACCCUGUGUUACCCAACAUGCUUGUUUUGUUUUUUAUUCUUAGAGAAAAGCUGAACAUCUGGAUCCCAAACCGUUUUUAUUGAGCCACCAAUAAAUCUAAAUUUACUGGAAUCAUCAAGCUGUGUCGCUUAACAAGAGACGUUAAGAACAAAUGGUGACACUCGACAAGCACAAUUAGCGGUCUUACCAAAUUGUUGUCAAAAGGCUUGAUUCUGAUUGAAAUAAACUCUUAUGUCCAUUUCAAGGAAAGGUGUACUGCAAUUGAAUAACAGUUACCACAUCAGUAUGUUAUACUGAGAGCCACGGUCGAGAAAGUGUUAUUACUGACAAUAAAUAGAUGUACAUAGAUGUGACUACCUACAACUGUCAUGCAGAUAGCAACGCACUUUAUAUCUGAUGUAUUCAUGUUUUCACCUAAAUUUACUGUUACUCACUAAGUCUGAUCAUUAAAUUCUGACUUUUGUCUUUUUUAUGUUAAUCAUGCUGUUUCCAUUCUGUUCUUUUGGAUCAUUGAAUGUGUAGCUGCAUUUAACUACUAAAGUCUGGGAGAUGUAUUCAUCUAUUCAUUUGUCCAUGUACAAUUAAUAUUAUACAAAUGUUUUAUUUUUGUACUCUUUUAUGCAUUUAUAUACUAAAUCUAAACAAUUAAAUGAAGGAACUGUACUCUCACAAUUGAGUCAUGCAGCUAACGUUUUAUUGUAGAACUUGUAUGCAGUCGGUCAGUAAAAAAAGGAACUUUUUAAAAUGUAUCGUUGCUAUUUUAAUGUAUGCUUUCCUAUACAUGUUAUGAGCCUUUUGGUCAUAUAUAUGCACAUUUAGAUGCACACACACACACACACACACACACACACACACACACACACACACACACACACACACACACACACUCAAGUUAAGUAACUCUUUACAUGUUUGUAUACGGUGUAAAGCAAGCUUUUCCAGAGCCAACACACAGCUGCUGUAAUCUUACAGUAAUAGCGGGUCAGAGGGUAAAUCUUGAGACUUUGAUGUGUGAACAUGUGUUUAGCUUUACUCACAAGGGCAUAUGAAAGGCAACAACAAUGAUCCUGCCUGUUAUUUAACUAUUAACUCAACAAGCCACCAUUAGGAAAACAUUAGCGCUAAAAGGGAUGAACUUUCAACUUCCCUCUAAGAGUAUUAUGUGAGGCGGAGCACAGUAGUGUAUGUGAUGAGAACAUCAGGGAGAGAUAAAGGGCUUGGAGUGGCAGUGCACUAGCAAUUUGUCUAUGAUUAGAUUUGAAGUCCAGUUUAAGAGGGGUAAGAGCAGAGUCAGCAGCACUCUUGUGUGAGAUAAAGCCAUUGAUUAAGCCUCUUAUUUAGCUUUGGCGUGCCAAUUUAGAGUGGAAAUUAAUCAGAAAUAAUCACUGUAUAAACUGAUAUCACUGCAGGAAUGUGCAGGUAACAACAAGAUAUUUCCUCCAGAGUAAUGUGAAGAUUAGGCAGCUUGUCUCUGGUGACAUUUUAUCAGACAGAGGACAUGUCCUCAUAUAUUAAAGUGUUACAUUUUGUACUCUGAGUUAACCAUUUUCAAAAAAAAUGUUAUGAGUAUAUUUCAAUUAAACUUAAAAUUGCUAACA